GGAGGAUAUUUCUCUGAACUUUUGAAAGUAUCCGCGAGUGUUUGUUGCUUCGGUGUCUUUGCCUGUGUUGCUUGAGUGAACUCGUUGUAUUUUUUGAGCGCCGUUGGACUACUUUCGCUUUCUAAUGAAUCAUUUGGAUCCCUCCCUUCUGCUUUCUACUCAUGACCGAGUUUCAACACUGUGGCUUUGUUGUAGCGGGACUUCAAAAUGACAUUAUUGACUAUAUCAAUCAGAGGAUAUCGUCUCUUUAAAAGUUGGAAACCACAUGCUGCCGACAGGAGGGUCAACAUCAUCACUUGAAACGGGGAAGGGGUUUGGAAUGUGCUGGGGGACUUUUUAUCGGCUUGUCCUCACUGGCUUGGUUUCAUUUUCUUCCUCGUCUGUAAAUAAGGAUCACUUUUGUUGGACGCUUUGUUGGAGCUUGAAGGACUUUUCCUCGGGCUGUGUUUUUUGAGUUAUAUGAAUCAGACAGAUCCUGCUGCAGACAUGGAUGAAGAGACUCCCCUGCUGAACAGAAGACCGGCAUCAUCUGAAUCCCAGAUCAACAACUCCAAACUGUUCCUGGCCGUUUUCUCGGCCGUCCUGGGGAACUUCAGCUUUGGUUACUCCCUUGUUUACUCAUCCCCGGUACUGCCAAAGCUCCAGAGCCCUGAUGCCGACCCCCGGCUCAGAAUGGACCCGAAGCAGGCUGCCUGGUUCGGCUCGAUCUACGCACUGGGGGCCGUAGCGGGUGGGCUGGGAGCCAUGCUGUUCAAUGACUUGAUUGGACGUAAACUGAGCAUCAUGGUGUCCGGGGUGCCGUCGACUAUUGGGUACAUGAUACUUGGAGGGGCUAUGGACCAGUGGAUGCUCCAUGUGGGCCGUUUCCUCACAGGAGUUGCCGGCGGGAUGACCGCAGCAUCCAUUCCUGUUUACAUCUCAGAGAUCUCCCACAAAACAGUGAGAGGAGCUCUGGGCUCCUGCCCGCAAAUCACUGCUGUGUUUGGGUCCUUGUCCCUCUACGCCCUGGGUCUGGUGGUAUCGUGGCGGUGGCUGGCAGUGGCAGGGGGGCUGCCAGCCGUGCUGAUGGUUGUGCUGCUGGUGUUCAUGCCCUCCUCCCCCAGGAGGCUCCUCUCUCUGGGCAGGGAGCAGCAGGCUGAGAAGGCCCUCCGCUGGCUGAGAGGGAAAGACUACGACACACAAAUUGAGCUCCGAGACAUACAGCACAGCAUCAGCACACAAGUUAAAGUCACAUGGUCGCAGCUGGCCACACCCAUCUUCUACCAGCCAAUCCUCAUCGCAGUGAUGAUGCGUUUCCUGCAGCAGAUGACGGGCAUCACACCCAUCCUGGUCUACCUGGAGACCAUCUUUUCCAAAUUCCAAGUCCCCCUGGAGCCCAGGUACGAUGCUGCUCUUGUGGGUGUGGUCCGCAUCAUUUCUGUUGCCAUUGCAGCUGUUUUAAUGGACAGGGCGGGACGCAAAGCCUUGCUGUACACGUCAAGCAUGCUGAUGUUCGUGUCCAGUCUGACUCUGACCAUGAUCUCCCACACCACAGCUUGCCCUCCAGUCCCCGUCCCUCCUAAUGGCACUGUGAGUCUGGACUACAGCCUCCAAAGUGACGGUGGAAACAUUGCAGCAGGCAUCAUUCCUGUCAUCAGCACCAUGGUGUUUAUAUUUGGAUACGCCAUGGGAUGGGGCCCGAUCACCUGGUUGCUGAUGUCAGAGGUGCUGCCGCUGGCUGCCAGGGGUGUGGCCUCAGGUCUGUGUGUGACUGUCAGUUGGUUGACGGCCUUCAUGCUCACGAACGUCUUCACCAUCCUGGAGAACCAGUACGGCCUGUACGUGCCCUACCUGUUGUUUACGGUGGUGUGCGUGCUCUGUCUGCUGUUCAACGCCGUGUGCAUCCCAGAGACACGCGGCCGCUCACUGGAGGAGAUCGAGAACUAUUUCAGGACAAGACACGCGUUCACCAUCAACCGGAGUCCUUCCACUGCACAGUCGAGCUGAGGCCUAAAGAUCCAUAUUAUAAAAGAAUGAACUACUCCCAUGGUUAAUCUUUGAAACACCUGCGGUAAAGUGAUUUUUUUCAAUUUAAAACGUAACCAUCAGCUUUGACAGUCUGAGGGCAGAGGGUGUUUAUCAAACAAAAUAUAAAGCCCUUUGAGAAAAGGACUACAAUAAUUAUUGAGCACAUAUGGAGCGAUAUAUGGCUGAGUUCAGCAGACUGAAAACAGUUACCAUGAGGUAACUGCUCAUACAUCUCACUGACAAUCAUGUUAUAGAUAAUAAUAUUUGUAUAUAUAGGACUACAUGUUUCUUUCUCCCCCAAUGAUGUAACACAAUAUGUAUUUUGUCCAAGGUUACUGUAAUUAACUUACCCCAAACCAAAAAUUAAAACUAGCUAUGAAACUAGCUAACUAGCAACUUAACAUAUUUAACAUAAAGAUAUACAGUAAAUGCCAUUAGUUUUAUUUUUCGCAAAUUAAGUCAAUUAUGUCAACACAACAAGAAUGAGGAGAAAUGGAUGCAUAUGUUUGUUGACAUCAGGAUGUCUACAUGACUGUGGCUUAUAUUCCCUCCCAAUAAAAAGAAAACUGACAUCGAAGCUAAUAAUAAAAUCAAAAAUGUCAUAUUUAUAGACAAAUAAAAACUAAACUGAAACAAGCAAACCAACACUGCCUACUAGCUGAAGCGAAACUGACUUGAAAACCAAAACAUUUAAAACAAAAUAAAAAUGAAUGAAACAUGGAAAAAUACAACCUACGUUACAUUUGUUGCCUAAAUAAAACCAUUGUUUUCAAUUAUUGUGUUCUUUAACAUGUAUUUCUGCUAUAGUAACAGUCUUCUGAUCAUAUCACAUACCUCAAGUUUAUUUUGCAUGAGUUUAACCACAUUGCUGCUUUUCUCCUGAGCUCUUACAUCUAUUAAAAAAACAUCUUUUAUCAUUGAUUUUUUUUUUCAAGGUUGUAGGGUGUCACCUACAUAAACACCAUGAUCAGAAAAAUCCAAAUCCACUCCAAACAUGAAACCCUGUGCUUUAGCUCAGUCUGACUGGCUGUGCAGGGACACUGUAGCUGUUUCAGGUAAUAUUGUGAAUGUUUUAUUGAUUCACAUCAGAUCUUAACACAUCAGCUACUUGAUCCAAAUAUGUAUCUAUUAUACAUAAAAACAAAAAAAACUCAAUACAAACAUUCAUCUUCUUCUCAGGGCCUAAAAACAGGACUGAAAGUGGUGCUGCCAGCACACAGUGGUGGCUCAGCAGGCCAGGUCACAUGCCACAGUGUGCUAUCAUAGGUUUGAGUGUGACUCACGGCUGGGUCACUGCCACACUAUCCUCCUGUUGUCUGGUAUCUUCCUAGAAUUAGGUGACUAAAUCAUAGCGGCUAACAGACGGACAACUUAGAUGUGUCUUUGUGCAUGUGACUGCACCUUACAGCAGCAGCAUGUUUAUCAGAUGCUUUAUGACAUAUUUAGUAUGGGAAGCUAGCUACUAUGUUAGCUAAAUGAAGCUAUAAUCAUUUAUUUUACUGAGACUAAUAGAAAGACUUUUGCACACUGUUAAACAUGUUCUUAAGUACAGGAAACCAUUAAUCAGCUCCUUAGACGGGACACAUGUCUGGAAUGAUCACUGAAGUAAUACCUUGGGGCGACGGCCAUAAACACAUGCACAUACUGCUGAAAGAUACAUGUUUGUGUAGUAGAUCUGUGCCUGCGUGUUUGCAAUGCCGGUGCAGCUGAGCUGUGUGUCGAGUAUGAAUAUGAAUCCAUUUUGUCUGAGUAUUUCUUUGUAAAUCAAAUUUGUCCUUUUUUUGAAAAAAAAAAA